AUGUACAUUAUGAUCCCAGUAUAUGUCAUUAAUGCGCUGUAUCUGUGGCCGAUCACGCUGUGGGUGUAUAUCAAGUAUGGUCGACCGCCACCACCACAGAAGCAUGGCGUGACCGGCACGCAGGAAGCGCAUCAGCCUCCAACUGCCAAUGCCAGUGGAACAGCUGGGGAAGAGACACAACGAGACAUGGGUCGGAGGGGUCACAACGACACAUCUCCGAAUGAGGAGGGUGAAGUCGACAAGACCGACAUGGAAAGUGGGAUCACUGGAGAGCAAGGAGGGAAUGAGGAUAAUCGGUCGGCGGAAGACCAAGACAAUAAGAAAGAGAGUGCAGGAAAUAGAGAGCAGGGAGGACAUUCUGAGCAUCAUCACAAGAAUUCCGGACGUCCAAUGUUCGCGACGGUGACAGUGGGAGUCUGCCAUUGCGGCGCAGGCUGCGUGUUGGGGGAUAUCGUCGGGGAAUGGCUCGUCUACGGCACAAAACGCGGCCUUCGGCUCACCUCGUCGACUCUUUAUUUUUCUAUCGCGCCCAUGGCCGGCCAGUAUGGUCCCAAGAUUAUCUACCGAGCACUCAAGGCUGAUGCACUUUCGCUGUUAUUCUUCGAGGUCGGGUUGUUUGGCUGGAUGGCGAUUUUUCAGGUUGCGAUCUUCAACUGGGAGCUAGAGAUGCCUACGGUUACGUAUUGGUGGAUGAUGCAGAUUGGUAUGUUCCUGGGUCAUUGGACAGGUGUACCGAUUAAUUGGUGGUUGAUUAAGACUCGGGUUAAGAUGCCUUGUGCAUAG